AUGUCAGGUCAUCCAUUCACACAAUCCCACGAUCCAGCAAAAGGGUGCUGCCCAGGACAAAACGGCAUACGCCACUACACAAAAAAGCGCGGGUCCAUAGACGACGGCCUACAAUGGGGUUCUGAUCCUAGCUUCUGCUUCCAUGGCUUCUCCUGCCCGAUCGGAACGUGGACAGAAGACCGAAUGGUCCAGAACUUAAAGCGCGAUUUGACCUACAUGUGCAGCGAUAUCGACAUCAACAUCCUCGGCAGUAUGGAAUUUGAUCCUUUGGAAUAUUCCACCAGUCAUAAUAUUGGGAAAUGGGAUUCGAUUAUCUUCAAAAAUGAGGAUGCUUCAUUAGAUUUCGAUAACGGACGAUCGAACUUUGUGCCCAUGUCCGUACCUGCCUUGACGCCAACAUCAUCGGCCUCAUCGGCUUCGCCAGAUGAGAGAAAAGAUGUGGCGCCACCAAACAAGAAGAAACGGAAGUGUACACAGACGCCUGGGCAGACUCUUUGCCAUUGCCGCUCGGAGAAGAAGAGGAGGGAUGCUGUUGGAGAGGGAUAUCGGAAUCUUUGCCGGACGGUACCUGGACUUGAGAGGAAUAACUUUACAAGAAAGUACAUCCUAGAUGAAACGGCAAGAUAUGUGGAGUCUUUGGUAAAGGGUAAUGAAGAGCUGUAUCGACAAUUGGAACAUCUGAAGCAAGAUGAAGUGAAGGAUGAUAUACCACUAUUCGAAGGACUAAUAGAAUAA